GGCAGGCGGAGGGGCAGCGGGCACCCAGGGUCCGGCUGUCAUCUCCCUCACUUCUCCUCGGCCCAGGCCCAGGGGGUCUCUUUUUUGGGGUGGGACCGUGUCCCCCAGGGAAGGGGGUCCUCCUCAAUGCAGCUGCCCUUGAAAAUGGAGUCAAGCACCGAGGAGGAGAGCUGGCUGGAAGAUCAGUGGGAGAAAUGGCUCACCCACGACAUCAGCCUCGAGGAGUUUGAGGAUGAAGACCUCUCUGAGAUCACCGAUGAGUGUGGAAUCAGCCUGCACUGCAAGGAGAGCCUGGCCACCCGGGUAAGCGCGAUGGGGAUGGGGACAGGGAUGGGCAGAGCAUGCCGGUGGGGCUGGAGGGACUAUCAGCUCCCAUGCAGGACCACCAGCUCCCCAGGGGAGAAGGAGCCUGACUCCUCUCAGAGGUGCAUAGUGAAAAUGUCAACCCCCGAGAGGGAAAAAGUAGUAGUAAUGCAGCACUGGUGCCAGUGCCCAACGUGGUGGAGGAGGAGGAGGAGGAGGGGGAAGGCACACAGCCAGGAUGGGCGCCCUCGGGGCAGCUGGCACGGGGGACAAAGGCAGCAGGGCUGGGGAGGACGAGGGAGGGGAGCCCCACUGAGCAUAAUGGACAAGGGGACAGUGGCAGCCUUGUCCCACCCUGUGCGGGGACCCGGAGGAGCAAGUGGCACGUGGCAGCCACAUCCAGCUGGGGGAAUGGGGGACAGCAGAGCCCCCCUCCAGUCCCAGCCAGUGCCCAGAGGUGGCAGCAGGCCUGCAGAGAGGGGUGAAGGGGGGAGUUUGCACAGACUGUGGGCUGGGGAGGGGGAGCUGACGGUCCCCUCGCAGCAGGAUGGUGAAGGCUGUGGGGCCGCACCGGAGACAUGGGACACUCUGAAUAACAACUCUCUGGGGAAAAAGCACAGUUGGCAGGAGCGGGUGUCCCGGUCGUCGUCCCCUCUGAAAACGGGAGAGCAGACCCCUCCCCACGACCACGUUUGCCUGAGUGAUGAGGUCAAUCACCAAAACAGCACAACCUCCACCAAAGACCGGGGCACAUCCACGGAGAGCCCGUGCCGGCGCACAGCGGCCACCCAGAUGGCACCCGCCUGCGUCGCCUCAUCUCGGCCACCUGAGAAGCACCAGGCCACCAGCCGGCCCCCACCGCACGGUGCCAGCGUAGUGGUGGUGACAACGAGGGGCCCCGAGGCCCACCGGGACCGCAUCCGCUACCAGACGGACGUGAGGCUGGAAGCCACAGAGGAGAUCUACCUGACGCCUGUGCAGAAGAACUCAGACCCCCUGGAGACUGACAAGCCCUUCCUGUCUCAGUCCAGUGAGAAUCGCAUGUCCAUCAGCUCUGACAUCGACACCUCCGGGUAUUCGGCCCUGGCAGGGAAAACCAACCCCUCCAUCAGUGAGGAGGACGAGGUGCUGGACUACAUGUCCUCCCCCGACAAGACGAACCUGCCCAGGGCCUCCUGCGGUGGCGGGAGCGGUGGCUGCCGGCCAGGGCACAGCCUUCAGAGAGCCUCCGUGAGUUCGGACACCAGCGCCCUCUCCUACGACUCGGUCAAAUACACACUGGUGGUGGACGAGAACGUGCAGCUGGAGCUGGUCAGCCUCAAGCAGUGCUACUCAGGCUACAGCGACGAGAGCGACUCGGCCACCGUCUACGACAACUGCGUCUCCUCGCCCUACGAGUCAGCCAUUGGCGAGGAGUAUGAGGAGGAUGCGCUGAAGCGUGACUCGGUCUGCCUCUCCGAGGACUCCACCCCUGAGGCGGACAUCCACUUCUCCAAGAAGUUCCUCAAUGUCUUCAUGAGUGGCCGGGCGCGCUCCUCCAGUGCCGAGUCCUUCGGGUUGUUCUCCUGCGUGAUCAACGGGGAGGAGCAGGAGCAGACCCACCGUGCUGUCUUUAGGUUUGUGCCUCGCCAUGCGGAUGAGCUGGAGCUGGAGGUGGACGAUCCUUUGCUGGUGGAGGUGCAGGCAGAAGACUACUGGUAUGAGGCCUACAACAUGCGGACGGGUGACCGGGGCAUUUUUCCUGCCUACUAUGCUAUCGAAGUCACCAAGGACCCAGACCAUGUAACAGCUCUGGCCAAGAGCAGUGACUGGGUGGACCAGUUUCGGGUGAAGUUUCUUGGCUCGGUGCAGGUUCCCUAUCACAAGGGCAAUGAUGUGCUGUGUGCGGCCAUGCAGAAGAUUGCCACCACACGCCGCCUCACUGUGCACUUUAACCCACCCUCCAGCUGCGUCCUGGAGAUCAGCGUGCGUGGGGUCAAGAUCGCCGUGAAAGCUGAUGACUCCAAGGAGCACAGCAAGGUAAACAAGUGUAGCCAUUUUUUCCAGCUGAAGAACAUUUCCUUUUGUGGGUACCAUCCAAAGAACAACAAAUAUUUUGGGUUCAUCACCAAGCACCCUGCUGACCACAGAUUUGCCUGUCAUGUCUUUGUCUCGGAGGAGUCCACGAAGCCACUGGCAGAGUCUGUAGGGAGGGCUUUUCAGCAAUUCUACAAGGAGUAUGUGGAGUAUACGUGCCCCACGGAGGACAUCUACCUGGAGUAGGGGCUGGCACUGGCACCUCCUGCACAGCCAGGGCUGCAGUCUGGCCCCUUCCCCGUGUCGUGCAUGGACAAGAGCUGCUUUGAGCCUGAAGGAGGAGCGGGCCCGGGGCAGGGCUCCCCGGGGCACGGAGCGCCGCCUCUUUUCGUGACUCCCCUUCCUCAGGCUGGGGGGGACGGGAGGGGGGAGGGCUGGACAAAUUGUGUUUAUUGUACAAAAUACUCUUAGUUUAUUCUAUUUGGAGAAGCACCGCUGGGUGCCCUGCCUGUGAGCGGUGGAGGGGUGGGCAGCAGCGUGCUCGGGCCCUUUCCUGCUGCAGGCUGGGGUGACAGCAUCUCCUUGUGACCGUGGCCCAGCUUCCCGUUACAUCCCUCUGGGGUGACUUUUAAUGCAGUGGCAGAGUCGGACUCUUGCAGUAUGAAGACACAGCAGCUACAGCAAACAAGACCCAUGAUGUGCUGGCUCCUGCCUGGGAGAUGGGCUUGCCCUGGGCAGGCAUCACCCCUCUGCCAGGCCUGGGGGACAAGGCUGCUGGGCAGGGAUGACAGAGGGACCCCCACUCUCCUCUGCCAAAGCCAGUGCCAGGAUGAGCUGAGACAGCUCACCCCUGCCUCUGCCCCCAUCCCUGUCCCUCCCAUCUUGAAUCUGUACCCUGGGGACAGAGAAAAAUUUCCCCCCCAUACCUCCCUGCAGUAACUACACCCUUCGGAGGGGACUCUUUCUCUGCCCCUUACCCCCUCUUCCCCUAGCUGCAGGCGGCAGAGGCAGUGGCAGGGCUGGGCCACCCCAGAGCAGUGGGGCUCAGCCCCUGGGCCAAGCUGGGUGCCUGCCAGAAGCAGGGCAGGGAAGAGCUAAAGCCUGCAGGGAGCCCUGCAAAGCACCAGGGAGGUAGAAGAGCUCUCCUGCUCCCUGCAGCCAGUGGUCUCUGUGCUUCAGCUGGAUCUGCUGUGAUGGCAGCAACUAUUAAAUAUGAUGGUUCAUGGA